UGGCGGUGUGUCAGACUCACUGUCCUGCACAUUUGUAAGAAUUUAUUUAAAUUUAUACACAUUUCCGACAUCGGCUACGCCUGACUUCAGUCUCUUCAGUGAUAUCUAUCCGAGUGACCUGGUCCUCGGGCCUGUUAGUUCUGCAGACAUGCAGCCCCCUCCUCGGACUGGACCUCCAGGAGCCUCUGGCCCUCCUCCUUCUGGGCCUAAUAUGUUCCGCAGGACCAGGCCUCAUAAGCAUACAGCAGCAGCAGCAGCAGCAGCAGCUACUGCACCAAUGCCACCUGCUGCUCAACCCAUGACAGACCCUUUUGCUUUUGGUAGAGCUCCUCCCCCUACGGCUGCAGGUGGUCUCCCAACAAUACCAAACAGCAACCCUCCACCAAUGCAUACCCCACCUAACUCAAUGUACUCUCCACCUGGCUCAGGUCUGCCUCCACAACCACAGAUGAUGGAGGAUGUCCCAGCUGUUCCUCCUGGUCCCCCACCAUCCUCUCUGCCAGGUGUACCCCUGUUCAAUCCUCACAGUACAGCAUCCCCUGGUGUUUUCCCAGCACCAAGUCCCACAGGAUAUGCAUCUCCACAUACUGAACAGGGCUAUUUUAAUUCGAGAGAACAGACACCAUCCAUGCCCACAGAAUCACCACCUAUGGCUAUAGCUCCAGCACCUAGUCAGACACCUUUUAACCCAGAAUUUCAGGGACAGGCUGCUCCUCUGCCUGUGCCCUUCCAGCCACUGCCUCCCAUCAUGCCCUCUUCCCAGUGGGCCCCUGAUCACGGAAGUCGGCCCCCAUCUGUUCAGAACUAUUUCCAGCCUACUAGCGACCCACAGCCUUUUAAUAUACCUCCGCAGACUCAGAUGUACCCCUCCCACAGCCCAUCACCCCAUCACACCUCCACCCCCCCAGUUCAGGCUGGACAUCCCCAGAACCAGACUCCUGUUCCUCCUCAAAACCCUGUGAAUACUCCUGGUUCUCAGUGGCCAGACCCAAAUGGACCCCAGCAGCAUAAUUCCCAUUUCCAAACUCAGAGUUAUUUUAGUCAGAGCUCUGCCCCCCAAGACUCAUGGUUUAACCAACCUCCACUGGACUCAGGCUAUCACCAAAUGGGGACAGGCCCAGGCCAUCCACAGCCCCUGCCUGACUCUGCGGGUUCUCACCCUGUGUCCAGUCCUGGACCUGGACCUAGUUCAGCCCCUGCCCCAGUUCCAUACUCUCAGGAGUCUGGUACACUCUCAAUGUUCUUCAAAGACAAUGAUGUGGAAAAUGAGGAAACACUUGCUGGAGAUAGAAACAAGGCAGUAAAUGGUAUUGCUGGUUCAUUUCAGCAUCACAGCAGCCCACAAGCUCACAGUGGCCAUGCAGACGUUUCUUUGGAUUACCAAGGAGCUUCUGUUCAAGAUCAUUCACACUUACCUUACAUGAAUGAUGGCAAUCAUCCCCCACAGGGAAAUACGCAGAAGCCACCUGAUUCCCAAUUUGACCAUGUGGAGAAUCUGGAGUGUGUCCCAAACCAGGAAGUGUUGCCCAGUGAAACUCAUGGCAGUCCUCCUGCUACGGCGCCCCAUGUAGUGGACCAGUUUGAAACCGGGCCCAACCUGGAAACUCCAGAUUCAAUUCCGAGACCAAUGAGAUCUGCCAGUGUGUCAUCCAAUUAUAGCAAUAUGAGCCAUGGAAGUGGAACUGGCUCUCGUCGGCACCAAGGAGUAGUAGGCACCUUUAUUCAGCAGGAAAGUCCACGUCUCACUGAUGAUGCUAGCCUGUCUGCUGCCACUGGAGGCUACUUUGAACAGAUUGACAGUUCUCCUGCUGGAGAUACGGGUGCGCUACAGAGCUCCCUGGAGCAGAUGUGGCCAUCCACACCUAGUCCUCCUAAACCAACUGGUAUUUUUCAAGCUAGUGCUAACAGCUCUUUUGAACCUGUGCGCUCACAUUCAGUUGGGGUGCGUCCUGCUGAGGUUGAUAGGGCUAAAAUGGUAGUGGAAAGUGGUGCAGAUGGUACACCAGGCAACAUGGAGCAACCACCAGAUAAUAUGGAAAAUAUUUAUGGCCCAGGGCACCCCCUGCCUCCUGGGGCUGGAGGUGGCGUACCUCUUGUGACACACCCGGUGGUCCAUUCUCACUCUCGGCCUUCAUCUCGUGCUUUUGGGGCCAGUCGGCCCUGUGAGAGCCCUGCUACUACUCUGUGGGCUCAGAAUGAUCCCACAAGUUUGGGUGCUAAUAUCCUCCUUGCCCCUGCUGCGCCAACAGUUCUUGCCCCUUUACGAGAGCCCAGUGCUGAUGUCAUCCAGCCUCCAGAGGAUGGCCCUGUGGACCUGCAGCCCUCCCAGCGAAUUCAGCCAACUUCUCAGCAACACUCAGAGAACCUAGAGAACCCACCAAAGGUGAGUGAGGCUGAGCCAACUGACUCUCAAGGCAGCCUGGGCUAUGCGUCUCUCCUUGUUUCUGGCUCAAUGCACCAGCCUGUUUUGAUUGCCCCACCGGUGUCCAAUUACAGUGUGAUUCCCCCCAGUACUCAAGCAGCCAGUCAAAGUAGCCUUAGGGAAACUACCCCACCUGCGAGAUCACUUGCACAGGGACAGGGUGCCAAUACCUCCCAACCACCUACGGUAACCUCUAAUCAAAAUCCACUGUUUGCUCCUGGACCCUUGAGCUUCAAUCCUUCUAACCAGGUUCCGCUCAAUCUGACUCGAGACAACACAGCCGCAGCAGCUCCAGAAAUGACAGCUCCGCCGCCGUCUCAGCCGGUCCGCCCUCCUCUUUCUAGGGGCCAAUCAUUGGGUGGAGACAGCCACUCUGCUCUCCAGGUUAAUCCACAGGCUUCUCUUGUGACUCCUACUGUUUCUAAUCAUAAUCAGCCAUCAAAUUAUGAACUGCUUGAUUUUUCUAUGCACCAAUCACAAGCCCAAAGCCAAGCAUCUGGCCACCCUUCCUCUCUACAUGAGUCUCCGCAGUCUAGUAAUGGAUUUUACCUACAGGUCACCAAAGAUGCUCAGCAGGGGGUGAGAGUGGAAGGGAAUGUCUCUGCGCAGACCCCAGUCUCUACAUCUGCCCCACUGGUACCACCGUCACCCUCUCAAGCAGCUGCAAACACUCAGCAGCUCCCAAGUGAACCUCCUAAGACAUCAGAUUCUCAGGCUGGACAGCAGGGACAAAGAGAUGCUCCUCCUGUUCCUGUGAGUGGAGCACAAUCUUCCCAUGGCCAGUAUCCAGCACCGGCGCAGGGUCCUGCUGCAGGGAGUGCUCCUCCUCCUCCUCCCGCUGCAGCAUACCCUCCAGGGCCUCGAGGACCUGUACCUCCAGGGGCUUCUCAGCCAGGUCCUGCAGAACCACCGCGACCACCCUCCUCUGCAGGCAGCCAUCAAAGCUACGGGCCUCCUGCUCCUCCAGCUCCAGGGCACAUGUAUGGUGGCUAUUAUGGUAACUAUGGAGAAUACCCUGAUAGCAGAGCACCAUAUCCUCCUGGUCCGUACCCACCUCCACCUGGGGAUCCUAGGACACAGCCAUAUUAUCAAGAUGGUUCAUACAGGGGCAGAGGAGAUCCUUGGUAUGGUAGAUAUGAGGGGCAGACACCAGGUUAUCGGGAUCCAAACUACCAGUACAGAGAGCCUCAGCCAGAGCGACCCAGCUCUAGGGCCAGUCAGUAUUCUGACAGACCCUCAUCCAGGCAAGGCUAUCCGGAAGAUUACCACAGAGCAAACCGAAGUGCCUAUAGUGAAUAUUAUGCAGAUUAUAACAAGCACUAUGAUUAUGGAGGAUACAAUUACGGACAAUAUGACCCACGAUACAGAGGAUACUAUGAUCAGGCCUACUGGUCUAAUUAUGAUGACGCCUACAGAGCCAGAGACAGCUACUAUAAUCAACAAAUGUAUCCUGCCAGGAAAGAGGGCUAUGAUGACCAGUGGCGAUACUAUCCUGGUUAUGAUGCCAGUUUUGAUGAUGAAUACCGUCGUCGUGGAGAAAUGUAUGGCGAUGACUUUGACCGACGCAGCGUCCACAGCGAGCAGUCGGCACACAGUGUACACAGCUCUCACAGUCACCACAGCAGACGCAGCAGCUUCAGCUCACGAUCACAGCAGAGUCAGGUAUACAGGAGCCAGCCUGACUUAGUGUCAGCAGUUUAUGACAACACGUCAUCCACUCUGGCUGUGGACUACUCCUAUGGGCAGUACCCGAACCAGACUGAUGCCUCCCAGAACUACAGUCAGUACCUCUAUCCCUCCGAGUACCCUGCAGAAAGCACCUGGAUCGCCCCUGAGCAACCUCCCCCUCGUCCUGCAACCCCAGAGAAGUUCACUAUACCCCACCGCUGUGCCCGCUUCGGACCUGGUGGUCAUCUGGUGCAAGUUCUGCCAAAUCUACCCUCAGCUGGACAGCCUGCUCUGGUUGAUAUCCACAACAUAGAGACCAUGCUGCAGGAUACAUCGGAUCAGGCAGAACUUCGAGCUUUCCCAGGACCCCUUGUCAAGGAGGAGACCCAUAAGGUGGACGUGAUAAAGUUCUCCCAGAACAAAGCACUGGAGUGUUCCCGUGACAACAACCUCUUGGACAGAGACUCUGCCCGGCUGCUCUGGGACUUCAUUAUGCUGCUGUGUAGACAGAAUGGGACUGUCGUUGGCACAGACAUUGCUGACCUCUUGCUGAAGGAGCAUCGCUCAGUCUGGCUUCCGGGCAAGAGUCCUAAUGAAGCCAACUUGAUUGAUUUUAACAAUGAGCCUCUGGCACGAGCUGAGGAAGAGCCGGGAGCCGGACCACUAUCCCUUCUAUCAGACACUUUCAUGACUGUGCCAGAGAACGUUGGCAAGGAAACAGAACGCUUCAGGGAGCUGCUACUGUUUGGCCGUAAGAAGGAUGCACUGGAAGCAGCCAUGAAGGGAGGUCUCUGGGGUCAUGCCCUGCUGUUGGCCAGUAAGAUGGACAACAGGACACACGCACGAGUCAUGACAAGAUUUGCCAACAGUUUGCCGAUCAACGAUCCUCUCCAGACGGUGUACCAGCUGAUGUCGGGGAGGAUGCCUGCAUCAGCCACUUGCUGUGGAGAGGAGAAGUGGGGUGACUGGCGCCCUCACCUGGCUAUGGUGCUGUCGAACCUCACACAUACCCUGGACCUGGAUACUCGCACAAUUACCACCAUGGGAGACACUCUCGCUUCUAAGGGGUUAAACGAUGCUGCACAUUUCUGCUACCUGAUGGCCCAAGUUGGUCUUGGAGUUUUCACAAAGAAGAGCACCAAGAUGGUUCUGAUUGGCUCUAACCACAGUUCACCCUUUUACCAAUUUGCAACCAAUGAGGCAAUUCAGAGGACUGAGGCCUAUGAGUAUGCUCAGUCUCUGGGCUCCCAGCCCUGUUCACUGCCCAAUUUCCAGGUGUACAAGUUGAUCUAUGCAUGCCGUUUGGCUGAAGCAGGCCUGAGUGCCCAGGCCUUCCACUACUGUGAAGUUAUCUCAAGGACUGUCCUCAUUCAGCCGUCAUACUACUCUCCUGUUUUCAUCAGCCAGAUUAUACAAAUGUCUGAAAAGCUGCGGUUCUUUGAUCCACAACUGAAGGAGAAACCAGAGCAGGAGUUGUUCAAUGAGCCUGAAUGGCUGAUUCACCUUAGACAGCUGGAUGGACAGAUCAGAACCGGUGUAAUUACAUACAGUGCAGACAGAACAACUCCUACACAGUUCGACUGCAGCAGCCCCAGCUCUGACUUGGACCAGCCGAGCCCACCUGAACCUUACAACAUGCCGAUGGAGACGGAUGGUCCAACCCCUGACAACCCACUCAUGAGCUCACUACUGCCUGGGCCUCCACCACAAGGAGUACAGUUGAUGCCUCCGGCUCCCAACUCCAUCCUCCAAGAUGGGAUGGCGCCUCCUCAGCUUUUACCCCCCAGUGACGUUCCCCAGUUCUACCCAGUACCCCCCAGUGGACCACCAGGCCAGAUCCCCAUCUCAGGCUACCCUCCGCAGGAUCCUGGCUUUGCCCCUCCCCCUUUCCAGCCUCAACCUGAGCAGCCAGACAUGUAUCCAGGAGCCCAUCAGCAGCCCUGUCCCCCUCCACAAAUGGGCCAGAUGUCACCACACAUGCACCCCCAGAUGCCGCAUUCACCUGUGCAGAUGAACCACCCGCCACCCCCGAUGCCUCAGCACAUGCCCCCCUCUCCAGGGCAUAUGCCCCAUGUAGAGCAGCAGGUGCUGCCAGAGAUGCCAGUUGGUCAGCCAAUAUCAUCCUCUCCACCCAGAGGCUCCAUCACACCUCAGAAGGACUUUUAUGACCACAUGGCUCAAAUGGGUCCUGGAAGAUCACGGGCUGCUUCACAAUCUUCAAUGUACAUGCCAUCAGGACGGCGCUCUCGCACAACCUCCGAGUCUUCCACUCAUUCUAUUGGAAGAGAACGGAGUAACUCAGCUUUGAAGCCGGUGUCUCCACCUCCGCCCUCCAUUCCUGAGCAGCCCCGUAAAGAAGAGGCCAAGAAAGCCAAGAAAGACUCACCAAAAAAGAGCGGUGGUGGUGGUGUUGGCUGGCUGGGCUGGAUCAUGAGGGGGAGGGGGAAGAAUGAGGCUCACUUACCAGAUGACAAAAACAAAUCUAUUGUGUGGGAUGAGAAGAAGCAGAGAUGGGUUGACAUGAAUGAGCCUGAAGAGGAGAGUAAGCCACCUCCACCGCCUCCCUCUGGCUUCCCCAAGAUGGCUCCGAUGCCUGGCCCUGGAGGGCCUGCUGCACCCCCCACUAGUGGUCCUUCAGUUAACAUGUUCUCCAGGAAAGCAGGCACUAAGAGCAGAUAUGUGGAUGUUCUGAACCCCAGCAGAACUGCUAAACCUGGCGGACUGGCUCCAGCACCGGCAGACAUCUUUGCUCCUUUGGCGCCGAUGCCAAUGCCUGCUAACCUCUUUGUGCCUAGUUCAGCUCCUGACGAUCAACAACCUCUGGAGGGCUGUGAAGGAGGAAAUCAGGAGCAGAAUUCACCAAAUGCCAGCGCUGCUCCACAGAUGUUCAACCCAACAUUGUUGCCGCCUGCCCCAGAAGGUCCUCCUGUGCCUGAUGGCUCACAGUCCGGAGAGCUCUCACGUUCUAGCUCAAUGAGUUCUUUAUCACGCGAAGUGAGUCAGCAUUUAAACCAGAGUCAUCCUGCCCAGGGAACUGCACCCGCUGGAGGCGUCACCUUUUAUAACCCCGCACAGUUUGCACAGACAAGUGCACCAUCAGGAGGUGGACUACGUUCUGGCCGUCUGGGCGGUCAGCGCCAGUAUCCAGUGUUGAAGUAAACAUCAGCUCGCAGAGAGAUUGUGUAAACAGACUUGUUGGAUAGACUCUACCUGGAAGUAAAUGAAGCACAUGGACAUACUGCUCUCUGUCUUAAGGACCCUACUUUUUGCCUGCACCUAAGAAGAGCCUAAUCACAGUCUCCGUCAUGUCGGUCUUCGUCCAACAGCUUAACCACUCUUCUUUUUCUUUAGUUGAGUAACUGUCACUGUGUUUGUUUUUUUUUUUUUAACAGGCACGUUGUUUCCUCGAAGGGCUUAAUCCUGCAUCCAAACUGAGAAUAGACAGCUCUGUAAUGGAUUUUAACACGUAAAGGCUUAUCUAUGGAUGCAUUCAAACACAAACUGUAUGUCCAUGUAGGCAUAACUUAGUGUACAAUAAAUGUGUUGCUCCUUUAAAGCUGCCCAGCUUCUCCUCAAAUACAACUCUGUCAACAGAACAGAAUGAUUUAUCCCAUGUCCCGUUUUAGGUUUUCCCUUUCUGUCCAGAGUCCAAAGGUCUGUGAUUGAUCGUGUGAAUGACGGAUAGAAAGAAAGUGGCACCUUUUUAAUUUCAUAUUCUGGACUUGUACCGUGCAGCUCUUCGGUGUUCUUCUGUCAACUGGAGAUAACAUUUUGUGUGAGAACGAACUGUGUCAGUAGCGCUUUGUCUGCCGUGUCGUUUGCUUUUCCUCAGUCGCCCUCCAGUAAAGGAAGCAUGUCGGAUGACAGGAAAGAGAGACAGCCUGCAGUGUUGGGACGCUGCUCGUUUUCAGAUAUUUAUUUAAAUGUCCUCCUGCCCGUCAGUUCUUCACUUUGAAAGAUGUGUUCAGGGUCUUUCGUCCAAGUCGAGCUCUCGAGUUUCUCUUCCGAGGAAGCGUCAGUAUCAUCGAGUCGAGGGGCGGCGUUCAGAGCAGCAGGAACCAGGAUUGAAACCGCGUUUUAAGUGUCGCUAAAAAUGAAUCUAUCCAAAUAUUUGUAUAUCAGAUUGAUUGUAUUUAUGAGCUGUAGGCAUAAUGGUGUGUGUGUGUGUGUGCGUGCGUGUGUGUGUGUGUGGAGAGCAACUAAUUUUUUCUGAUAAGCUUUGACAAAAUGCAUUUAUGAUUGAUGAGAUGACAAGAUUCUGAUUCUGAUCAUUUGUAUUGGCCGCUUCUGCAGACAAAUAAAUCUUUAUCGAAAUUGUGAACUGAGAGCUAACUGUACUCCAAACAUUUUGUCAUUUUACUUUACUGAUGUGAUUUAUUUUUUUUUUAAAUGCAGUCAUUUGUCAUCCCAAAUGUUUCUGAUUCAGUGAUUUUUUUUUUUUUGUAGACAUCACUUUAUGAUUUUAAAAGUUCCCCGAUUGUUUCAGAGAAGCAGUUGUUUUCCCCAGUGUUUUAGAAUUCCUCGUGAAAUUCCUGACAGAAAAGCGUGAAUACAAACGGUAGAAACAAAUGGUAAUAAAGGUAUUUUUUGCGCUCUGUAGCACUUUGAAA